AUGCUAAAAGACAAUUACGAUCUCAUUUUAAAAUAUUUUUAUAAUAAAUACGGAAGAUAUAAUCAUGGUGAUUUAAGUUUAAGAAACCUCAAAAUUUACGGAAUAAUCAUAUCGGAUUUAUCUGAAGCAGUACCAAAUAAUAGAAAAAGAUCUCACGAAGAUGAAUCAAAAUCGAUUAUUGAUGGAAUAUGUGUUUCUGAACAAAAGGAUUUGGAUGUUAACAAAUCACAUGACAAAAAUGAAUUCGAUAAUGUUGAUAUAAUUGAUUUAAUUGACGAUGAAGAAGGAAUUACUGAACUGUCAUUAAUACAAGAAAAGGUCCAAAAAGCAAUUGAAAACAAAAAUAAUUUGGUAUCAAAAGAAGGUUUGCAAACGAGAAUUAAAGAAAUUAUCAAUGCGUUUGCACCUUCAUAUUUGGAUCGAAACGAUCCAAUUGCUUCUUCGAUAAUAGAUACUUCGCAUCCACAUCCGUGGUUCAGAAACAGUUUUACUGACGAGGAAUGGGCUAUCAUUUCGGAUACAAAGAGCUGUAUAAUAAAUAAUGGCAACGAAAUUAUAAGUGAAAUUAAUAUUAACGAAAUGAAAAAUCAUUUCUUUUGCAUCCGUAAGAAUAAUGAUUAUGUUAAAAAGAAAAGGUAUCUGAAUGAAGGGACGUGGCAGAGCCACUGUAUCACUAUUCCGUUUACCAUCGCAAAUCGUGACAUAAAGGAGUUAGAUUUGAUUACGUGUGAAAGGAUUAGUAUUGGAAGCAAAAGAAGAAAAUUAGAAGAAAGGAAUAAUGGCGAAAAUGGAGGUAUGGGGAGGAAAUCUGACGUCACAUUACUGACACAAAGGUCAUACCGUGACCCUAAAUCUGUAAAUUUCGAGUUUCUACUCGGGGAGGUGUGUUGGACGCCAUGGACAUGUACCGAAGACAAAGAUCUCUCAGAUACACAUAAAUGUUUCAAAAUGCUAAAAGACAAUUACGAUCUCAUUUUAAAAUAUUUUUAUAAUAAAUACGGAAGAUAUAAUCAUGGUGAUUUAAGUUUAAGAAACCUCGAAAUUUACGGAAUAAUCAUAUCGGAUUUAUCUGAAGCAGUACCAAAUAAUAGAAAAAGAUCUCACGAAGAUGAAUCAAAAUCGAUUAUUGAUGGAAUAUGUGUUUCUGAACAAAAGGAUUUGGAUGUUAACAAAUCACAUGACAAAAAUGAAUUCGAUAAUGUUGAUAUAAUUGAUUUAAUUGACGAUGAAGAAGGAAUUACUGAACUGUCAUUAAUACAAGAAAAGGUCCAAAAAGCAAUUGAAAACAGUACUGACGAAUUGCAAAUUAAAUUACUAAAAUUGCAGCAACACAUGCUUAAAAAAUUAGAGUCUGGUACACAUUGUCCAACAAAUCAAAAUAUUCAUAAAUUGUUUGCUGCUUCAUCAGUUUUUUAUUUUCAACAGAAAACUGAUGAUACAUAUAUUAAUUUUUUAACACCUUAUGAAACUGCUGAAAUCAAGUCAUUUGUCAACUCACAUUUUGAGCAUAUUGGAAUUUCAGAUGGUAUCAAGUUGUUUGUAGAGGAAAACAAAAAGGUUUGA